UCCGCCCGGCCUGCCAGCUCACCGCGUGCAGGAACAAGAUGGCGGCGCGGUGGAGAGCGAAAAUCGGGGAUUUAAAUGCCGGCAGCAGCGACUUUCUGGCCCGGAACAGCCCGCAUGAGAUGGGUCUGAGUAGAGGCGAUGUGGCCGAUAUGGACAUCGAUCACUCCAUUUUGGCCAUCUUUGAAGACUCCACGGCUGCUUCAGAGGGCAAGAGCUCCGCGGAGGAAGAAAACGAGUCGCUGCUGUCGGCUCUGAGCGAGAUGCUGGACGACGUGGAGGAUGACGACAGCGCGCUCUCGCCCUUCGACACCCUGCCCGACAAGAAGCUCAUCGGCCACGCAAGGCUCAAGGACACGGCGGCGGAACUGUCGCUGGCUCACAGACUCAGACCGAGACCCAAGCCGCCAAAUUUAAUGUUCACUGUUGAAAACGAGGCGGAAAAAGACCUCGACUGCAAACUGGAGGAAAAAGUUGAGCCACAGAAGUUAAAAAAACAAAGCCAGACGUUCUUAGAGACGAGAAAUGGGCGGUCGGAGGGCGACAUCGAAGUUUUCUCCUCCAGUUCGCUGGUCAGCCUGGUCAGGAUCAUGCACUCCUACUGUCUGAAGCUGCAUGUGGAGGAGGAAGAGCGUCCUGGAAAGAACCCCACCAUCUUCUCCCAGGAGGAGGUGUGGAAGUACGAGCGGCCCAGCGAGGAGAACGACGAAGAGAUCAAUGUCGUAUCUGACGAUGAGGCGCCGGUGAAGGACGCGAAGGAGGAAGAUGAGCUGGACGGGAAGCGACAUAAAGUGCUGAAGAGUGUUUUGUUGAAUGGAAGCUCCUCCAGGGCCGCGGCGUGCCGGGAGAAGAAAAGAGUGAGCUUCGGCCCCGUUCAGGUGGCGUCCUUCGAUGACGCGAUGGAAAACGGCGUGCGGGAGAGCGACGUGAACGGCGUCAAAGCUCUGGAUGAGCUGGCAGCAACGUCUCCGUCCUCAGAGGAGGCGGAGCCACCGAAACGCGAGACCAAGGGAAAAUCCCUCAGCCUGCAGCAGUACAGACAGCUGCGCCAGAAGAGGCUGCCCCUGGUGGAGAAACAGGGGAACUACACCACCAAGUGGCCGUCCGUCUCCGUGCCCCCGAAGGAGCUGACCCCCAUCCUGGGGCUGCAGGGACAGACGCAGUGCGUCUCCAGGUCGAAGACGACGCAUCCAAACCUCCACAAACCCAAACAGACGAUGGCGCCGAGUCCGGUCCGUUCACCUCCCAAACCGGACGCGUCCGCUCGUCACCCCCGCCGCGCGCUACAGCUCCUCCGGUCUGAAUCCAGAGCGGACUCGCCUCUCAGUCCCGUCCCAAGCAAGAGAAGUCCAGCGAAGAGAUCGGCUCCGCUCAGCACCGACCCUCCCAACCCGGUCCUCCUCCCGCUCCCUGUCCCUCAGACCGGAUCACCGUCCGCCGCUGCCCCCCCGCAGCCGAACACCCCAGCGUCACCGAGCAAGAGCAACCAGAAGUCCUCUCAGACCCCAUUGGUGGAUCUGGAUCUGCCACCGAGUCCCGAGUCUCCAUCAGAAUGUCCCUCAGCCCCGCCGGACUGCGGUCAGCCGCCGCCCCCCUCAGAGUCCAGCGUGGACGGAACGCCGGAUGUUUCCCAGAGCGACUGUCCUGCUGAUGAACCGCCGAGCUCUGGAACCGGCUGCAGCACGGAGCCAGCAGCCACCGACUCAGGAAUCGAAGCGCCGGAUUUGACCAGCCUGCUGGAGCAGUUUGAGGAAACACAAGCUAAAGAGAAAAGAGUCUUUGACGAUGAGCCCAAACCGAUUGAUGCUGCUUCAGGUUCGAUCCUUCCAGCAGACGUGGAUCUGAACCAAACCCGGUCAGCCGGACCAGAAAAGACCUCAACGCCGCCACUUCAACAUUUAAGCACUUCAGAUAUUCAGGAAACUCAGAAGCCUCUCAGGAAGCAGCCGGAGGACGUCGACGUCCCCGAGCCCCUCAGCACCGAAAUCAUCCUCAGCUCCCGGCAGUCUCCACGACGGAGAAAUCCUCCCUCCAAAGCCAUCCAGAUCAUCGACCCCCGACCUCUGCCGGCCAGGAAGACGCACACUAACUCCUCCGAGUCGCCCGCCGCCGCUGCGCCUCCUCACACGUUCCUCUACCUGCUGUCCGAGCACGACUACUGCGGCUCUGCGGAGGAUUCUGCCGCUCGGCGGAGCAAAGAGAAUGUGGAGCAGCCGCCGGCCGUCCGGGACGCGCACGCCGCUCCUGAAGGCGCCGAGCAGAUCCCGACGGGACGAACGAAGCCUCAGCUUCACUCCGAGCCGAGCGCGGCCGAACCCCUGCGGCUCCCGCACUGCGUCCCCACGCCGGACGAGGCAAGCCAGCCGGCCCCGUGCACGCUCCCGACGCCGCCGCCCAGCCCGCCCAUCAGAGGCAGGCGGAAGAGGAGGUACCGGAGGAGGUCUCCACGGUCCGACUCCAGCUCCAGCUCCCGCUCCUCCUCGCCGUCCUCGUCCUCCAGCUCGGGCUCUCGCUCUCCGAAGCGGCGGAGGCUGCGUCACCACCACUCAGAGAGCAGCUCGUGCUCCUCGUCGCCGUCCUACUCCCACUCUCCGCCGCGCCGCUGCCGCUUCUCCUACUCCAGGUCCAGAUCCAGGUCCAGGUCCAGGUCCUGGUCCCAGUCCCAGUCCCGGUCUCCGUCCCGGUCACCUUCUCCGUACAUGUGUCGAAGUCGGUGGAGAGAAGUUUGCAGCAGCAGAGAGUCGAGGAAGCUGAGGAGGGAGCACGAGAUCAGGAUGCAGAAACUCAAAGCCAUAGACGAGCGCAGGGUGGUGUACGUCGGACGCAUCCGCAGAACCAUGACGCACGAAGAGCUGCGGGAGCGCUUCGCCCAGUUCGGAGACGUGGAGUGUGUCUCCCUGCACUUCAGAGACCGAGGUGACCACUACGGCUUCGUGACCUUCUACAACAUGGAAGACGCUUUCGCCGCCAUCGACAACGGCGGCAAGCUGCGGCGUCCCGACGAGCUGCCGUUCGACAUCUGCUUCGGCGGAAGAAGGCAGUUCUGUAACUCGCACUAUUCGGAUUUAGACGCCAACAAAGACGCAGAGCCUUCAAAGAACCGACUGGAGGACCUGGACUUCGAUUCGCUGCUCAAACAGGCCCAGAGAGGACUGAAGAGGUAGCAGAGAGCCCAAGACCAACCCGAAGCGCUAAAGAUGCAAAGAAUCCGUCGAACCUCAGAGCGUCAAGCUCACACUCAUGUAGCAAGCCUGUCCUUUUUUAAUGACAUUGUAUACGCAUGCAUGUUUAUUUGUGUACAGUUUAUACGUACAGACGUUUGGCACUCUUUGCAUGCAGUUUUUCAGUUGUAAAGUUGAUAUUCUAAAAAUGAUUAUGUAGCACUCAGAAAAAAAAUACAAUAUUUGCAUUCCAGAGCACUGAUACAGUUUUGUACAUGGAAAUAAAGGCUGUAUAUUGUUUUUC